UUAGAUCGCUUGUCAGUCAAACUCCAGGCGAAGGGUCAAUUCCGCUGGAAAACCGUGGACAUGGCAACCCUGGUAAGCUUAUUUUUAAGAUUUUCUUUUUUUAAUUAAGAAAAACGUACAAUGGUCAUAAAUGAAGUUCCACAAAUGUUAAUACGACGUGAUCGUUCAUAUUUCAAAACAUAAACCUUUAUUUGACCCACAUAAAGCUAGGAAAAUACAAUGUGUACAACUUGGAAAGACUUUUACGCCACGGAAUAUAAAAUAAUAUAAUAUAAUAUCACAAUUCUGACUUUUUCCUCACAAUUGAGAUUUACAUAUAUAAAUAUAUAUAAAUGCAGUAUAGAUCAAUGUUUAUAUCUCACAGUUCGUGAGAAAAUUCCACAGUGAGAAAAGGCGAAUAAAUAUUCGAUGGCGCCAGAAAUCCCAGAAUGCUUCACUUGGUCGCGAGCCUGUCCUUGCAAUUGUUUAAUUUUUGUAACGAAAUCCAUUUGUAUGAAGUGUUCCUCCUCACACAAGAGUCGAGCAAACUUUUGCUGUUCUUCAUUUAUGUUUGGUGGGAAUAUUUCCACACGGAUUGAGUGACGCUGUUGUUGACGUGUUGCCAUGGUGACGCGCCGCUCAUGUUCAGAAGUCUGCUGAACCUGCCGAAGAUCAUCAUCAUCAUCCUCCUCCUCAUCCUCAGGGUUUAUGGAUCAUUAUGAGGUGAUCCGGCGGGUCGGGCAGGGCGCGUUCGGGAGCGCGCUUCUGGUCAAACACCGACACGGGGACGAUCCGCUGCUCUACGUCAUCAAAGAGAUCAACCUGAGACGGUUGUCCGCUCGGGAUAAGGACGCCUCCAGGAAGGAAGUGACUCUGCUGUCCAAAAUGAGACAUCCAAACAUUGUGGCAUUUUAUAAAUCAUUUUACGACAGGAAUAACCUCUACAUCCUGAUGGAAUACUGUGACGCCGGUGAUCUGAUGAACAGAAUCAAGAUGCAAAGAGGAAAACCCUUCACAGAGCAGCAGAUUGUCGACUGGUUCGUUCAGAUCUGUCUCGGGCUGAAGCACAUUCAUGACAGGAAGGUCCUGCACAGAGACAUUAAAUCUCAGAACAUCUUUCUCACUCAAGGAGGACUGAAAGUCAAACUGGGAGAUUUUGGCAUCGCAAGAAUGUUGAACAACACCAUGGAGCUCGCCAGAACCUGCGUUGGGACGCCGUACUAUCUGUCUCCGGAGAUCUGCGAGAACAGGCCUUACAACAACAAAACGGACAUCUGGUCUCUGGGCUGUGUCCUGUACGAGCUCUGCACACUGAGACAUCCGUUUGAAAGCAGUAAUUUAAAGCAGCUGGUGCUGAAGAUCUGUAGGGGGCGCUACAGUCCAGUGUCUCAGCGCUACAGUAAUGAACUACGACUGCUGCUCAACCAGCUGUUCAAGGUCAGUCCACGUGACCGGCCGUCGGCUAACUCGCUGCUCAAACGACCUUUACUACAGCCUCUGAUCAGCAGACAUCUGGACACACAGUUGCUAGAGGAUGAGUUCAGUCACACAGUUCUUCACGGACACACACCAGCGGCACCUAAAGCCACAAACAACACAGAUCCAGUGGGAUACAAACCCGUCCUGAGGCCUCCUGUCAACAAACCGCCACAGAGACCCGAGCAGAGACGCACAAGAGCAAACGCACAACAAAUAAAGCCUCAUUUUCCUGCUGUGCUUGAAAACCCGAUUCACUCAAACCACGUGUUGAUCAUGAGCGGCGGUGGAACGGUCCGGCCGAGCCGAACGAACCUGCGGAUCAUGACGCACACAGACCCGCUGCGCUUGGAGCCCUACAAACUUGUCGCAGCAGCGAGAGACGAGUAUCUGCAGAGGAGACGUGAAGCCCAUCAGUACAAACUCAGAGCUCAGAAACAGCUGGGUAUCAGACCGUCCACAGCAGAUGCUGAAGGCUGUCAGCCGGCCAACGCACAAGAGCAUCAUGGGAGCAGACCGUCUCAGAGAGGGAAACUACAGGGACAGGAGGAGUAUCUGAAGCAGCUCCAGCGAAUCAGAGAGCAGUAUCAUCAUGAUGUCAGAGAGAUGAGAAUGAGAGCAGAGGUCGAGGACAGAGGAGCAGACUUACUGAAGAAGAACAGACACACACACACACGUGGAAAAGAGCAGCAGAGAGGAAUCAUGUUCGAGAUCAAGCUGAGUGAUAAAGAGAUGAAGACUGAUGAGGAAGACGAGGAGUCAGAGGACGAUCCCCUGAACGACACACUGACGUUUGCACAAGGAGAAAACCUCCGCAAGCGUCCACACGGCUCAGAGGAAGAGGAUCGGGUGAAGAGAGGCGAAUGGUGUCGAGACGCUGGAGAGACCUUACUGAACGCUCUGGAGCACAUGGAUGUGACGACGGAGAGCAUCGCUGACGCUCAGACGGUUUCAGAGGAGCCGGAGGAAGGAAACAGAAAACACUGGACGAAGCGUCUGCCGGAGACGCUCCUGAACGCUCUGGCUCAAGCACAGCUCACCGACUGCAGCACAGAGACGCUGAUGUCAUCAGAUGAGAAGCGCCUGGCAGAGGAAGAGCGUGAAGAAGACGAGUGUGACGAAGAGCGUCUGGAGCCUCGAUCAGAUGACGAGGACACGAACUUUGAGGAGUCGGAGGACGAGCUGAGAGAGGAGGUGUCCGACUCCAUGAGGAACCUCCUCAUCAUCACACAGGAGGACGAGCCGACGCGUGCGGAUGGACCGACACAGGAAACACGGGAGGAAGUGACUGACGAGAGUGUGUUUCAACUGCCUUUUACUGCACAUGAUGAUCACCAGAAAAACACAGCAGAAUGAAGGGAUUUUCUUUUCUUCUUUUGUUCCUCAUUCAUGUGUGUCUAAGUGAGAGCAAGCUUUUAACAGUUUAGCUUUUAACAGCAGUGCCUCUUGAAUGUUUUUAUAUUCACACACUACCGCUCAAAAGUCUGGAAUAAUCAAAUUAUUUUAUUGCUUUUUCUGCUCACCUAGGCUGCAUUUAUUUGAGCACAAAUACAGUAAAAACAGCAAAAAUCAUGAAA